AUGGAACUGAUAAAAAAUCAUAGUCAGGAAGCCGGUAAACUGGAAAAGGAUGAUCAUGAAGGGCAGGAUGAAAAUGGGGUAGAAAAUGAGUUAUCAGAUUUUUCAUCCAAACAAUCAGAUCAAAUAAUAAAUGCUGAUGAAAUAGAAGGAGAUGAAGAAAAUGAAGAUAAUGAAAAUGUUGGCAAUGAAUAUCUUGAUGACCUUGAUAAUGGUGAUGGAAACAUAAAGAAGAGUCUUCUUAGGUUAACUGAUUCAAAUCAAACAGAGAUAAAUGUUGCAUAUAAAUCAAUGAAAAAAGAAGUUAAAUAA